AUGAUUGAUUUAGACCUUGGCUUAAUUGCGAAUGGAAAACUAAUUGAUGAGCUGACAUGUAAGACUGAUGACGGACGAAUUGAAAUUCCAAUCAAUGGUAAAAUGCGUGUGGGUACAAAUCCUUGCAAAGUAUGCACAUGCACUGCUACGGGAUUUUUAUGCGAAGAUCAAUGUGAAACAAUCCCAGCAUCGACUUCAAUAGGUUCUCCGGGAGAAGGUAGUACUACAACUGUUUCAAGUUCUACUUUACCUUCACCUGAUCAAAUAAUACUUUCAGCUCCUUUUGCACCACAAUCAGUAUCAAAUACAAAUGGUGCUCUUGUAACAAGUUCAACAACAUCAUCAUCUAGAAUUGAAAAUUCUGAUGAUGAUGGAACAACAAUUAUUGGUGGUGGACCAUGCGCACGUAUAGCAGUUAAUGGAUUAGUGCCUUCACGUGAAUAUGCAUUUAUUGAUUGUAGUGAAGUUUAUUUAGCUGGAAAACGAGCAAGUGGAAUUUAUGAAAUAUGGCCUCGAACAAGUCCAAAACCUUUUCGAGUUUUAUGCGAUAUGGACGCAGAUGGUGGUGGAUGGACAGUUAUUCAACGUCGUGGUGAUUAUAUUCAACAAUCAAAUUUUUUUGUAACAUGGUCAUCGUACAAACGUGGUUUUGGUGAUCUUACACGUGAUUUUUGGCUUGGAAAUGAAAAGAUUCAUGCAUUAACAACUCAAGAUGAAUAUCGGCUUCAUAUUGAUAUGGAAGAUUUUAAUGAUCAAUCACGUUUUGUUGAUUAUGAAUGGUUUUUUAUUACUGAUGAACAAACAAAAUAUACGCUAAAUUUAGGACGCUAUAUGACAACAUCAACUGGUGGUGAUUCGUUGUCAUAUAAUCGUGGUAUGCGUUUUACAACGCGUGAUCAAGAUAAUGAUCAAAAUUUGUCAAGUCAAUGUGCAGAAAAUUAUAAGAGUGGUUGGUGGCAUGCCGGAUGUACAUUGGCAAAUUUAAAUGGACUUUAUUUACGUGGCAAUGAUUCAACUGCUACAGGAGUUUUUUGGAAUAAUUGGUUAGGUGCAAAAUAUUCAUUAAAAUCAUGCGAAAUAAAAGUUAGACCAGCUGGUUUUAAUACAGAAAUGCUUACGUGA